AAAACAACCUUUCUCCCUCGUUAUGUACACUCGUGUUAAGCGAAUAUCCAUCCCUCAUCUUACUCUAUGUUCUCCCGGCAUCCGCAAGGGACAUGGACACGCAAGGGUCAUAUACAUACUAAGGCGAAAAACAGGUACUCACUCACACUCCAGCAAUUGAAACUAGACACACAUCCUCCAUCAACACCUGGGACUUGAGACCGCAUCAGGCAUUCGAGCCCUCGCCACUAUUUCGUUUACCUUCCGCGGCAUGCCUUCAGUAAUCAACAUCGCAGACACAAUGUCCGGUGUGAUACAAAGCGAUACGGCUGCAGCCUUUCAAGGCUUCUCCAUCUCGCAGCCCUUCCUCGGCGCUGCUCUGCAGUUUUACCCUGAGAUGGGUACCCAGCAACUCGAUGACCUCAUCAACGCUUACGUCUCCGGCUCCGCCUCCAUCUCAGAAAAGCGUGCCACCGUUUCCAUGGACUUCUUCGCCUACUCCCAGCUCACCGGAGAGACCUUCAAAUACUACGCCGUUGAUGGCCAGUCUUUAAGCACCACGACCUCGUCUGCCGGAUCCAGUCCCAUGCAGGGCUCCAGCUAUAGCUCCAACUUCGUUUCUCCCGUCAUCUCUGACUGGAGCUGGUCUCAGUCGACUUCCAGCUCGGCUUCCGUAACAACCCCAACCUCAGUGAUCCAUGAGGCGAUUCCGUCCAAGUCCUCAAAGAAGAUUGCCCCGUCGGCAGCAAGGUACCAGGCCAGCGACUUUUCUCAUCUACCCGGCAUGAAGAUUAUGACCAAGGAUGGCCGUGAUGUCACGAACUCUGCUUCUCGCGGUUGCAAGACCAAGGAGCAGCGCGACCACGCCCAUCUAAUGCGCAUUAUCAAGGCCUGUGACGCUUGUAAAAAGAAGAAGGUCCGCUGUGACCCCAGUCAUAAGAAGCGCAGCGCUACUCAGUCCCAGAGUACCAACGCUGCUGCCACUCCCGUGCGUUUGGCGAAGAAGGCCAAGACAUCUGCAAAGGAUUCACGAACAGCCACCGAAAGAUCAUCGCAACAGGACACAGCAUUCACAGCACAAUCUUUGGUUCCAGAACAGCCAUUUGCCAGUCUUGAGAUUCCUAGCAAUCCUACCAACCUUACAGAGGCCUGGGAGUCCCUUGUUCAGUUCGACGAAGAGCCUGUCGACUUUUCUCCCUUCAACUACGAUUUCUUUUUCGACCCAGCUGGCCACCUCACCCCUGAGUCGAGCCAAUCUCCCGCCACACCCUCGAUGGUAUUCGCCCAACUGCAGAGUGGCUUGGGAACCCAGCAGAAUCCCGGCGUCAACAAACCAUUCUCCGAUGAGCUUGGCAUUGAGUUUCCUACUCUCCCAUACCUGGACUCCACUGCACCUGCGAACAACUACGUCGACUUUAAUCUCUACUCACCCGAGCCAAGUUUCUUGGACGACGAUGUCGCGCUGCUCACCGACAUUGGUUCUGCUAUUGGCAGAAACCAGAACACUCUUUCUCGGCAUCAUGACCCAGCUCAGGAUCGCUCGUCGACACCUUUGUUGGAGGAUACCGAUCCUUCACCAGUAGUACCUGGUGAUUGUUUAGUGGUCAGUGACGGUGCAACACCAAGCGGAAACUUCUUGGGAGGAUCCAGCACUCAAAAGCGUCGUUGCCAUCUCAUUCCACGUGGCGGGGUAUGCCCAGCUUCAGCGGCACUCUUCGGAGGAUUGGAGAACCUGAACUCAUCUACUGACGAACAGAGAGUCUCAAAGUGUGAACUUGCGUCUCGGACGAACGUGUGCAACAGCUUCUCGGCAGCCCAGACCAUGCGCUCAUCUCACGUAACGGAUGGAAGCCUUCAAACCAGAACAACUCAAGUUCCACAGGCUGCCGUAUCUUGUCCAGGUAGCGCACAGCAAGGAACAGUUAUACAGCACACGACCGCAACUGGAGCAUUUAGCCGGAUACCAGCAUCCUCAGUAACCGCGCCUUCGCGCUUUUCGAGCUCUGUAGAGGAGCCGUCUUGUGCGAACAUUGCAACGACAGCAACUGUUAGCGGCAAUCGCAGACUCGCCGACAGCGCAGCUACUAACACUUCACUGGACGUUUACCUCCAGGUAUCCGCACACAGGUCGACAGAAAGUCGAAACACUCCUGUACCACUGAGCUUUGUGCAUUCCGCCCCUCAAGUCUUCGGACUAAGCGGAGUGCAGUCCCCACUGGCGAUGGUUGACGGCUUCCUGUGGAAGGGCCGCACCCAUGUCAACAAGCUGUCCAACUCGCAGUUACUGAUUUGUACUGUGUUGCUUGCGACGGCGUUUGGCAUGUUUGCCAGUUGGCUGGAGGUACAGACAACUAUGUACAAGUUCCUCCAAGUCGCUUUUGGUCUGGCCAUGUACAACGCCUACCAAUCCACCUCCAGUCACCAUGACUCGAGACCGCAACAGAGCCAUAUCAGUACCACGCCAAAGCCACAGGGCUGCAGCGACGGCGCAAGGCUACUCUCCUGUAUCAGCACAAGACUGCGACACACCUGUUUUCAGAACCAGGACGCUCAUUGCCGGGCCAUACCUGCAAGGAUGUCGAGGGUUCUAGGCCUCGCGCAAGGGUUCUCAUGAGCUCUUACGUCGACCUGCAGCUCGGACUGAGUGGUCCAGACCUGUAUGGAUAGGGAAAUGUGUUUUAAUUGUCUUGGCUGAUCCUUUUAGGAGCGUUGUUUUCUGAGAUACCCCUCUGUUUUAUUGAUAAGAUGCGCAGUCCCCGGCGAUGGGAUGUGUGUCGGCUAUA